AUGGCCGACGCCCUGAACAAGAUUUCCGACGCCCAGGUGAAGAUGGCCGGGACGUCGUGGACUACGAUUCUGGUGAGCUGGGCGCUGGGUGUAGCGUCUAAACCUCCCUGGCCACCCACUCAGUCGACCGAGCCUCACCGCCAGGCCAGCAAUGAAGGAAGGGAGGACUCGUCCAACCUUGCUGAGCUCGGUACUUCGGUGCAGAGUGAAGAUGCAUCCCAGAGCCAGCCGGCGCAGGUGACGUCGACUGGGAGGUCGGGGGGGACGCAGUCCACGGCGCCCGGCCGUCACCACAACACCCGAUCACGAAAGUCCCCGGACCAACAAUAA